UUUCCCAAACAAAGCUCCCGGCAACUUUCUCCGCCGCCGCGCCCCGCCCGCCCGCGGCUGCCCAGCCCAGGCCGGGAGGCCCAGAUGGGGGAACCCCGGGCUGGGGCCCCCCUGGAGGAUGGCAGCGGCUGGACUGGCAGCGAGGAAGGAAGUGAGGAAGGCACGGGUGGCAGCGAGGGGGCCGGGGGCGAUGGUGGCCCAGAUGCAGAGGGUGUCUGGAGCCCCGACAUUGAGCAGAGCUUCCAGGAGGCCCUGGCCAUCUACCCACCCUGUGGCCGCCGGAAAAUCAUCCUGUCCGACGAAGGCAAGAUGUAUGGUCGAAAUGAACUGAUUGCCCGCUACAUCAAGCUCAGAACUGGGAAGACCCGGACUCGGAAACAGGUCUCUAGUCACAUCCAGGUUUUGGCUCGAAGGAAGUCGAGAGAAAUCCAGUCCAAGCUGAAGGCCCUGAAUGUGGACCAGGUUUCCAAGGACAAGGCUUUCCAGACGAUGGCUACCAUGUCGUCUGCCCAGCUCAUCUCUGCACCUUCCCUGCAGGCCAAACUGGGGCCUGCUGGUCCUCAGGCCACUGAACUAUUCCAGUUUUGGUCAGGGGGCUCUGGGCCCCCCUGGAACGUUCCAGACGUGAAGCCGUUCUCACAGACACAAUUCUCUUUGUCCCUGACACCCCCAUCUACUGACCUCCCAGGGUACGAGCCCCCCCAAGCCCUUUCUCCCCUGCCCCCACCUGCCCCAUCACCGCCAGCCUGGCAGGCUCGGGCUCUGGGCACUGCCCGGUUGCAGCUGGUGGAGUUCUCGGCCUUUGUGGAACCGCCAGAUGCAGUUGACUCUUACCAGAGGCACCUGUUCGUCCACAUCAGCCAGCACUGUCCCAGCCCUGGGGCGCCCCCCCUGGAGAGCGUGGAUGUCCGGCAGAUCUACGACAAAUUCCCCGAGAAAAAGGGUGGUCUGCGGGAGCUGUAUGAUCGUGGGCCCCCCCUCCUGGAGAGGUGGGAACUGAGAAAGAGAGGUAGGCAGCUGCUAGGGAAGUGGGAGAAGCAGGCUCUGGGCAGAGUUUCUCACGAUGUCCUCUCUACCCUCCCGUGCUUCACUACCCUCCAGGCUGACUUGAACUGGGGCCCAAGUGGCGAAGAGGCGGGCACUGGGGGAGGCAGCAGUGGCAGUGGUGGCUUCUAUGGAGUGAGCAACCAGUACAAGAGCCUGGAGCACAUGACGCUUACCUGCUCCUCCAAGGUCUGCUCUUUCGGCAAGCAGGUGGUGGAGAAGGUGGAGACGGAGCGGGCCCAGUUGGAGGACGGGCGAUUUGUGUACCGCCUGCUGCGCUCGCCCAUGUGCGAGUACCUGGUGAACUUCCUACACAAGCUGCGGCAGCUGCCGGAGCGCUACAUGAUGAACAGCGUCCUGGAGAACUUCACCAUCCUGCAGGUGGUGACGAACAGAGACACCCAGGAACUGCUGCUGUGCACCGCCUAUGUCUUCGAGGUCUCCACCAGUGAGCGUGGGGCCCAGCACCAUAUCUACCGCCUGGUC